UCAGAAUCUUUAGGACCAUUGGCAUUGAAAACAAUGAAUAACCCCAUGCAACAGGCUGGCCCUAUGGGUAUGAACCAAAUGGUGCAACCAAAUCCUGUUUUGCUGCAUCCAGUUCAACCUCAGAUGCAACAGCCACAAGAAAAGCAAGACAACAUCUCCAAAGUCAAGUUAUUGAUGGGCCCUCUUCGUGAUUCACUUGCCCUGGCUCUAAAGACAGCUGCUCAAACGUUGCAUCAAAACAGCCUAGUUGACACCUCCAAAGGCAUUGAUCCACCAGAUCAUAGAUUCAACAAAAAUAUAGAAGAGUUUUAUUCUAUUUGCGAUCAGAUUGAAUUACACUUAAGAACAUCGAUCGAGUGCCUUGGCCAGAACUCAUCAUCUAAUAAAUAUAUGCCAGUUUCUGUAAUACCUAGCAGGACUGAAAUGAUUGGCCCUGGAGUACCUCAAGAUGCUUUGACCUAUCCUCAAUAUUUGAUGACAGUCAAAUCACAAGUUCAGUAUACAAAGGAUAUUUAUAACUUACUGUAUAAUGCUGCUCGUUCGAUCACACCGUCUGAACAACCUCCUGCCUGAAUGAUGCAUCAUUUUAAAAUUAGGUUUUCUAUUCUUGUGAUAAAUGAUACAAAUUUGACUCUCAGACAAGUAUCUUACUUAAACUGUUAU